GAGGAGCGGGCGUCUAUUAAAAGAAAGAAACGGCUUCUUUCUUCCCCUUCUCUGGUACACAAAAAAGUUCAAAUCUCCCAAGAUCACUUCUUUAAAUUGUGUGUUCACAAGUCAAUAGAUUGCCUAUUUUUUUUAACGAUCUUCGUUGCCGUUUGAAGAGGAGAUUCAUAAUGAAUUUUUAACCUUCCUUCAUCGUCGUUUAAGUCUCUCUUAGAUUUUUCAGGAGGGUGUUUUUUGGUGUUGUGUUUGGGAUCUUACAAUAGAUUUUACAUGGAGGGGUGUCUCUUGUUGAUGCCCGUUCUUGAAGAUCUUAUGUUUAAAUUAGAGAGCUAGUUUUUAUUUUCUUAAUAGGAAAUGUCUGUUGCUGAUGUUGCUUUGACCCCAAUUCACAGAGGAUUAGGGUUUUCUUUUGGUCAAAAACAAUCUCACUACUCAGUAAAAUCUCUUUUGAUCUUCAUUACCGUUUCUGGUUCUUCUUCAACCAUGCCUAUGCUCAUCCUCGACUCCGAUUCAAUCUCCGACAUCAAACUCAAGAUCCAGACAUGUAACGGCUUCCGUGUAACAAGACAGAGACUCGUGUUCUGCGGUCGAGAGCUCGCAAGAAACGCCUCACGCGCUAAAGACUACGGAGUCACCGGUAACAGCGUCUUGCAUUUGCUCCUCAAGCUCUACGAUCCUCUCCUCGUCACUGUUGUCACUACCUGCGGUAAGGUCUUUGACUUUCACGUUGAUCGUCGUAGGAACGUUGGGUAUCUCAAGAAACGGAUCUUUAAAGAAGGUAAAGAGUUUCUUGAUGAUGAUCAAGAGAUCUUCUUUAGAGGGGAGAAGCUUGAUGACGACAGAGUCAUCGAUGGGAUUUGUAAAGAUGGAAGGUCUGUGAUCCACUUGAUGGUUAAGAAGACAGUGAAAGAAGAAGCUCUUGUUCAAGAAUUUUUGUUAGAACCUGUUGUUGUCAAUAGGGAUGUGGAGUUACUACCUGAGGUUAUUGAAGAUAUGAUUGACCGCACGGUUGAUGGGUUAAAGAAAGGUAAUUCACCUGUGAGAUCAGCUGAAGGAACGGGUGGGACGUAUUUGAUGCAAGACUCUUCAGGGCUUAACUACGUGUCUGUGUUCAAGCCUAUGGAUGAGGAGCCCAUGGCUGUGAACAAUCCUCAGGAGCUUCCUUUGUCAUCUGACGGUCAGGGUUUAAAGAGAGGGACUAGAGUGGGAGAAGGGGCGAUUAGGGAAGUUGCAGCUUACUUGUUAGAUCAUCCUAAAGGUGGGCCUAGAUCUUUGUGUAAAGAAGUUAUGGGUUUUGCUGGCGUUCCACCAACAGCUAUGGUCAGAAGCUUUCACAAAGUGUAUAACUACCCAAAGGAGGUCAGUAAGGGAAAAGAUGCCAAAGUUGGUUCUUUGCAAAUGUUUAUGAAGAAUGAUGGAAGCUGUGAAGACAUUGGUCCUGGAGCGUUUCCUGUGGAAGAAGUGCAUAAGAUAAGCGUCUUUGACAUAAGAAUGGCGAAUGCAGAUAGACAUGCUGGAAACAUAUUGACCGGGAAAGGAGAAGAUGGUAAAACUGUGCUAAUCCCCAUUGAUCAUGGUUAUUGCUUGCCUGAGAAUUUUGAAGAUUGCACAUUUGAAUGGCUUUAUUGGCCACAAGCAAAAGUCCCGUUUUCUGAAGACACAGUCAACUACAUAAACUCCCUAGACGCUGAACAAGACAUUGCGCUUCUAAAACUCAACGGUUGGGACGUCCCUGAAGCUGUCGCACGCACGCUGCGUAUCUCCACGAUGCUUCUGAAGAAAGGUGUUGAGAGGAACCUAACUGCGUAUCAAAUUGGAAGCAUAAUGUGCAGAGAAACGGUGAACAAAGACUCUGUGAUUGAAGAGAUAGUUAGAGAAGCUCAUUACUCGGUGUUACCUGUAUCAAGCGAGGAUACGUUCCUUGAAGCUGUCUUUAUGGCCAUGGAUUGUCGUCUGGAGGAGCUAACUAAGUAAACUUUUCUAAGUACAUAAGAAAGUUUGUAUUUAUGUAUGUGUGUGUAUGUUUAUGGUUGAAAGAAACGUUGAUAGGCUCUUCGUGGAUAAUUUUUUUCUUCCAUGAAAGAAGCCUUUAAGCUUUUGUGUUUGUUCCCCUAAAAGCUUAAUAAAUAAAACUUUGAGGAUAUAACUAUUGUUCAGUAUAGGAUUCAUGAGCUCCUAUACAUCACAUCAUAUCAAACGUAUUGGUCAAAAACAUAUGGAAACUGUCGGAG